AUGUUCAAAUCAACUCUUGUUUUGGUGUUGGCCACCGUGGCCGCCGCACGACAAUGCCGAAACAUAACCGUCCCAGUCUCCAUCAGCUCACGGAACGGCGUUUUCGACCUGAGGCCACCUUCGACUGAAAUUGAGGUUACCGACUUGUUCUUGGGUAUGGCCUGGCCGGGAAAUAAUGGAACUGCCAACUUUCUUAAGGGCUACAAAACAGUGUCUGGAAACUACAAACUUGCAGCCACAUACUGCGAACCUGAUAAAGGCCCUGGCCACGCCCUCCAGAUUCUCACUCACGGUGUUGGUUUCGACCGCAGCUACUGGGACUUUCCAUUCAACAACUACCACUACAGUUACGUGAAUCGAGCCCUGGAUGCCGGUUAUUCAACGCUUACCUGGGACCGCCUGGGCAUUGGCCACUCUUCGCACGGCGAUCCCGUCAAUGAGAUCCAAAUCUUCCUCGAAAUUGCCGCUCUCAAGGCGCUAACCGAUAUUGCGCGUGGUGGACAUCUCUGCGGCGUUCCGCACAAGUUUGACAAGACCGUUCACCUCGGACACUCGUUCGGCUCCGCCAUGACUUACGGUCUGACCGCCAUGUACCCCAACAUCACGAACGGCAUUGUCCUCACGGGGUUCAGCCAAGUUCCUCAAUUCAUGGGCUAUUUUGCCCUGGGUGGAAACUUUGCGCCCGUUAGUGACAACAAGGUUCUUGCCAAGCAAUACGCAGUCGGCUACGUUGCCCCCAAGGACAGCAUCGGUGUUCACAUCAACUUCUUCGGCCCCGGAGACUUUGAUCCUGAGAUGCUCCAGGCUGCUACCAUGACGGGCCAGCCAGCAGCUAUUGGAGAAUUGUUGACUGUUGGCUCUGGCCCCAAGUCUAGCGACUUUUCCGGCCCUGUCAUGAUCAUCACUGGUGAUCGCGACAUCCCUUUCUGCGGUGGCAACUGCAUGAACACCAUGGCCAUCAACGGCCGUGCCCCCAACCUGAUUGAAUACUCCAAGAACAGCUUCAAGAAAGCAUCUGCCUUCAACGCCACUGUCGUACCUAAAGCAGGCCACGGUCUAAACUUCAACUCCAACGCACCAGAAGCCUACAAGGCCAUCACCGACUUUAUCAAAGCUCAUUUGUAA